AUGCAUGUUCCAAAUAUUCUACAAAGUGAUGAAUCAUUUUUCUUAGUACCUAAUUUUGUUAAUGAAGUUGGGACGGAUGCGCAUGUUCCAAAUGUUCUACAAAAUGAUGAAUCACUUUUCUUAGUACCUAAUUUUGUUACUGAAGUUGGGACAGAUUGUAGUGACACUGAGGAUGAUAAUGGAAAAUGCAAAAGAGCCAAAAGAGAGGUUCUGGAAACUCUGGAAGGUAGUUUUACAGAUAAUUACAAAAAACUGGAGGCCUAUGCAAAUGAAUUGAGAGAAUCAAAUCCAGGAAGUGAUGUUGUGAUUAAUUUGUCCAAGGAGGCACUAGCUCAAGGUAAAAGGAAAUUUCUAAGAAUGUAUAUUUGUUUCAAGGCAUUGAAAAUGGGUUUUAAGGAAGGGUUAAGACCGUUUAUUGGUUUAGAUGGUACAUUCCUUAAAGGAAAAGCCAAGGGUCAAGUAUUGGUUGCUAUUGGUCAAGACAGUAUGAACCAAUUUUACCCUCUAGCAUGGGCAGUGGUUGAUAAAGAGACCAAGAGGACUUGGAGCUGGAUGCUUGAUGCGAUAAAGAAUGUCUUGUGUUUGCUGAAGCAUAUCAGAUAUUUUAUGUCAAGCACAUUGAGGCAAAUUGGUGCAAAAGGUGGAGUAAAGAUGAAGCAGUUGGAUGAACCUGUUGCAAAGGACUUAAUCAGCAGGUAUCCUCCAGAAACAUGGUGUAGAGCUUAUCUUGAUACAGUCUCAAGGUAUAAGCCCAUCAUUGGGAUGUUGGAUGACAUAAGGAUUAAGGUGAUGAAUAGGUUGAGAGAAAAUGAUGAGUUUGUGAAUAAGUGGUAUGGUUUGGUCAGUCCUAAUAUAAUGAAGUUGUAUAAUGAAUAUUUGAAAAUAGCCCAAGUGUGCAAGGUCAAUGACAAUGGAGACAGUGGAUAUGAGGUAACAGAAGGACAUGAUAGACACGUGGUGAAUUUGAGGCAAAAGCGGUGUACUUGUAGGACAUGGGACCUUACUGGAAUCCCAUGUCCACAUGCAAUCAAGGCCAUGAUUCACAAGAAAAUUGACCCUAUUUCUGAGAUACAUUGGUAUCAUAGCAAGGAGGCAUUCAAGCUAGCAUACAAACACAAGUUGCAGCCGGUUAGGGGCGUACAGUUUUGGAAUGUUGACCCUUCUCAGGCCAUGGAACCACCAACUUUGGUCAAACUUGCCGGCAGACCCAGGAUUAAAAGGGAUAUAGGGAAAGAUGAGGCCCUUAAGAGGCAAAGUGAAUGGAAGCUUUCAAGGAAAGGUAGAGUAAUGACUUGUAGCAACUGUGGAGAGCCAAAUCAUAAUGUUAGGGGUUGUGGCAAGGUAAAUUAA